AUGGAGUUUCACCAACACCACCGUAACAACAACAAUUCAUCUCCACAAUGCUCCUCAAAUUCCAAUUCCAUCUCUUCUUCCUCCUCCGUAACCACCACCACCACCACCAACAACAACAACAACCCUAUGCACUCCUGGUGGGAAUCCGUCUCCAAAGCCCGUUCCCGAAUCCACUCCCUCGCUUCCAUCCUCCCUCACCACAACCACACUCUCUCCCCCCUCGCCGAUUCCGAACGCCCCGCUCUCUCCCUUCUCUCCUCCCCCACCGCUUACUCCGCCCUCUCCUCUUCCCUCUCCGGUUCCCACUCCGAUCCCCUCUGUCACUGGCUCUACGACACUUUUCUCUCCUCUGACCCUCACCUCCGUCUCGUUGUCCUCUCUUUCAUCCCUCUCCUCUCCGGACUCUACCUCUCCCGUGUCCAUUCCUCCGAUCCCCCCUCCCUCGCCGGAUUCGAAGCUGUCCUCCUCGCUCUCUACGCCGCCGAAACCAAAUCCAGAGCCGGUAAGCCUCUCCUUGUUACCAUCCCCGAUCUGUCCAUUCCCUCCAUCUACCAUACUCCCCUCCGUAAAACCCUUUCCCCAAACCCUACUCCAUCCGUCGGCGUUAUCUCUCCUCCUCUCGAACCUCAUCUCGCUGUUAAAUCGACCAAACGCGCCUGCAUCGUCGGUGUCGCUCUUCAUUCUUACUUCUCCCAGAUCUCCCAUAUGCCUUCCUGGUCAAAGCUUGAAUUCUGCCUAUUUGCCGCCGGUUGGGCAGGUCAGGACUGCCCCUGCCGAAGAGAAUUCGACCCAAUCAAAAGCCUCAACAAUACUUUAUCCUUAACCCAUGAGAAUGGUGAGGGUCAUCUUGAGAUUGAGGAGGUUGCACAAGCGCUGAACAGCUUGGAGAUUCAUCAUGACCCUGAUUGUGAAUCUCCAAAGGGAAUUACCAAAGGCCAUAGAAUCCCUUUACCUUGGGAGAUUCUUCAACCUUCAUUGAGAAUUCUAGGACAUUGUUUGAUGGGUCCAUUGAAUUCUCAAGAGGUGAAAGAUGCUGCUUCUUUUGCUGUUAGGUGUUUGUAUGCAAGAGCUUCUCAUGAUUUAGUGCCUCAAGCAAUACUUGCUACAAGAAGUCUCAUUCAGCUUGAUAACAGGACCAGGGAUGCUGCGAAAUCAGCUUCUUCUGCUGCUGCUUCAAAUGUCAACACACCUACCAAAACCAAGAAACCGGAAAUGCUUCUAGUUUCAAAGUGA